AGCACCAGUAUUUCAGGAGCAAUGUCUGUGUUUUUUUCUCAGCCUGUGGGCAGCAGCCAAGUCCCUCCUCUGACAGGAAGCUACCUGCACCAGGCUUCCUGAAACUUUCCUCUGCUUUCUUCCUGGCUCUGCAGACUUAACAGUGAAGGAACUCGCAGGCAUGGCAGCACUCGUUCGCAGGCUGGCAGGGCAGAGGUGCUGCCCGUCGAGGCGGUGGCUCGGUGUGAUUCUGCGGGAGACGCACGGCCGAACUUCCAGCGCGAUCCCCCGGGUCGGAGCGCGACCGCUGGCCGGCGGCGCUCGCCCUCUGACGGCGUGCAGCCGCGCACACAGCCGCUGGCAGCACACGGAGGCGGCUGAUCCUGUGGAGGUGGAUGUGAAGCGGUUAGAGGGUCGUGACGAUGGGAUAGUGGAGGUGUUGAUGUGCCGACUCAAGGCAAGAAACGCUCUCGGCCAUGUGUUUGUGUCACAGAUGAGGGAGCUGGUCUCCACCCUGUCCAGUGACCCAGCGGUGCGCGUGGUCGUCUUCAGGAGUUUGGUGCCGGGUGUGUUCUGCGCAGGCGCCGACCUGAAGGAGAGAGCUCAGAUGGACAACACUGAGUCGGAUCUGUUCGUUCACGGCCUGCGAUCCCUCAUGACUCAGAUAGCUUCGUUGCCCAUGCCAACCAUCGCAGCGAUGGAUGGCGUCGCCCUGGGAGGAGGCCUGGAGUUGGCCUUGGCCUGUGACCUCCGCACAGCUGCGUCCUCGGCACAGAUGGGUCUGAUUGAGACGACGCGGGGGCUGCUCCCAGGGGCGGGGGGCAGUCAGCGGCUGCCGCGGAUGGUCGGCAUCACCCUGGCCAAAGAGCUCAUCUUCACAGGUAGGCGUGUGGGAGGGCAGACAGCUCUGGAGAUGGGGCUAGUAAACAGAGCUGUCGAGCAGAACCAGACAGGAGACGCUGCCUACAGAGAGGCACUCAGCCUGGCCAGAGAGAUACUGCCCCAGGCUCCUAUUGCUGUGCGGAUGGCAAAAGAGGCAAUGAACAGAGGCGUUGAGGUUGACAUUGGUUCGGCAAUGGCAAUAGAGAGGAUGUGUUAUGCUCGGGUCAUCCCCACGCGAGACAGACAGGAGGGUAUGGCUGCCUUCAUAGAGAAGAGACCCCCGCGGUACAUUGGGGAAUAAACUUUAAAAUGAUUGGAUUCCUCUCACACAGACGUGCCCACAUGGAUGCACGUGGCAGUUAACUUCUAUUGAUUGUUUGUGUGCAGCCCAGCCAGCAUCGGUACAUUAGUUAAGGUCAGCGCGAGUCCACAGUGGUGACUGUCUGCCUUGGUGACACAAAAGUCUAUACUGUUUCACUUCACGGAUGAUGUGAAGCAGUUUUUUGGAUUAAAAAAAUAAAUAAAUAAAUGUCA